AGCGCCGUCAUGCCUCAGACCAACAAGUCCGUCGCCGCCGGCGCCGCUUCUGGGCCGCUGUGCGCUCCGGACCGGGGAGAGCCGCCCCCCCCUCGGGACGCGGGGACGUCCCCGGACGACGCCGAGGAGCGGGGUGACCCGGAGAUCGUCAAGUCGCCCAGUGACCCCAAGAAAUACAGAUUCAUCCAGCUGAGUAACGGCCUCCGAGCGCUGCUCAUCUGCGAUUUAAGCGCCGCCGACAGGAACGUGGAAAGCGGGGAAGCCGGCCCGGACGCGGAGGACGACGAGGACGAAGACGACGAGGACGACAGCCAAGACGAGGGGGAUUCGGGCGAGGGCUCGGAGGAGGAGGAAGAGGACGACGAGCCGGAGGAAGAGCGGGACAGCGACUUCGAGGAGCUGGACGAGGACAGCGCCGGCAAAAAGAAAAAGAGUGCCGAAAAGCAGGCGGCAGCCGCCCUGUGCAUCGGCGUGGGCAGCUUCAGCGAUCCCGACGAACUUCCCGGCCUGGCCCACUUCCUGGAGCACAUGGUGUUCAUGGGAAGCCAAAAGUACCCGGCGGAGAACGGCUUCGACGCCUUUCUGAAGAAACACGGCGGGAGCGACAACGCCUCCACCGAUUGCGAGCGCACCGUCUUCCAGUUCGACGUGCAGAAAAAACACUUCAGGGAGGCUCUGGACAGGUGGGCCCAGUUCUUCAUCUGCCCGCUGAUGAUUGAGGACGCGGUGGACCGAGAAGUGGAAGCAGUGGACAGCGAGUUCCAGCUGGCGAGGCCUUCCGACUCGCACCGCAAGGAGAUGCUGUUUGGCGGCCUGGCCGUGCCGGGACAUCCCAUGAGCAAGUUUUGCUGGGGAAACGCUCAGACGUUAAAACACGAGCCCCGGGAACGAGGCAUCAACACCUACCAGCGCCUGCGCCAAUUCUGGAGCCGCUUCUACUCGGCCCACUACAUGACCCUGGCUGUGCAGUCCAAAGAGACCCUGGACACGUUGGAGCAGUGGGUCCGCGAGAUCUUCAUCCACAUCCCCAACAACGGAGAACCACCGGUGGACUUUUCGCACCUGCCGAGGCCCUUCGACACGCCCGAUUUCAACAAACUCUACAGAGUGGUUCCCGUGGGGAAGGUGCACGCACUGACCAUCAGCUGGGCUUUGCCCCCUCAGGGCAAGCACUACAGGGUGAAGCCCCUCCACUACAUUUCCUGGCUGAUCGGACACGAGGGCAGCGGCAGCAUCCUGUCCGUGCUGCGCAGGAAGUGCUGGGCUCUGGCGCUCUUCGGGGGAAACAGCGAGACGGGCUUCGACCAGAACACCACCUACUCUAUCUUCUCCGUCACCAUCAAUCUCACCGAACAGGGCUUCGCCAACUUCUACCAGGUGGUCCACCUGGUCUUCCAGUACCUGAAGUUGCUGCAGACUCUCGGCCCUCAGAAGAGGAUCUACGAGGAAAUUCAGAAGAUAGAAGACAACGAGUUCCACUAUCAAGAGCAGACCGAGCCCCUCGACUACGUGGAGAACAUCUGUGAGAACAUGCAGCUUUUCCCUAAGGAGGACUUCCUGAGCGGCGACCAGCUCAUGUUCGACUACGACCCCGAGGUGAUCGGCAGCGCUCUGGCUUUUCUGACACCUGAACGGGCCAACCUACUCCUGCUCUCGCCAGAACACGAGGGUCGCUGCCAACUCAGGGAGAAAUGGUUCUCCACCGCGUACAGCCGAGAAGACAUCCCAGCCGAGUGGUCUGAACGUUGGGCGUCCGACUUUGAAGUCCAUCCUGACCUUCACCUUCCUGCUGAGAACAAGUUCAUCGCUUCCGACUUCACUCUAAGGCCGUCCGACUGUCCAGACUCUGAAUAUCCUGUCAAAAUCUUCGACGACGAGCGAGGCUGUCUGUGGUACAAGAAGGACAACAAAUUCAAGAUCCCUAAAGCGUAUAUUCGCUUCCACUUGAUUUCGCCGCUGAUUCAGAAGAGCCCUGAAAACGUGGUUCUGUUCGACCUGCUGGUGAGCAUCCUGGCCUACAACCUGGCCGAGCCGGCGUACGAGGCCGACGUGGCGCAGCUGGAGUACAAGCUGCUGGCCGGCGAGCACGGCUUGAUCUUACGCCUCAAAGGGUUCAACCACAAGCUGCCCCUUCUCCUGGACCUGCUGGUGGACCACCUAGCCGGCUUUACGUCCACCGCCGAGGUCUUCUCCAUGUUUUUGGAGCAGCUGAAGAAGACCUACUUCAACAUACUCAUCAAGCCCGACCGUCUGGGCAAGGAUGUCCGUCUGCUGAUCUUGGAGCGCAGCCGCUGGUCACUGGUGGAAAAGUACCGGGUGGUCACGGCCGGACCCACCUUGAGCGACCUCCUGACGUUCGCCGGCCGACUGAAGGAGGAGAUGUACGCCGAGGGGCUGGUGCAGGGAAACUUCACGAGCGGGGAGUCCAAGGAGUUCCUAAAAGAUUUGGUUCGGAAGCUGCAAUUCCGGCCGCUGUCUGCAGAGGUCCCCGUUUCCUUCCGGGUGGUGGAGCUGCCCGUGGGUCAUCACCUGUGCAAGGUCAAAUCCCUCAACAAGGGCGACGCCAACUCCGAAGUCACCGUCUACUACCAGUCGGGUCUGAAAAAUUUGCGUGAACAUGCCCUAAUGGAGCUGCUGGUGAUGCACAUGGAGGAGCCGUGCUUCAACUUCCUCCGGACCAAAGAGACAUUGGGGUACCACGUGUACCCCACCUGCAGGAACACCUCGGGGGUCCUCGGAUUCUCCGUCACUGUGGAAACGCAGGCCACCAAGUACAGCACGGAAUUGGUGGAGGCCAAGGUGGAGGAGUUCCUGGAGUGGUUCGGGCAAACCCUGUCGGCGCUGAGCGACGAGGCCUUCGGGACGCAGGUGACGGCCCUGGUCAAGCUGAAAGAGGGCGAAGACGCGCACCUGGGCGAGGAGGUGGACCGCAACUGGUUCGAGGUGCUCACCAGGCAACACGUCUUCCAGAGACUCAACUUGGAGAUCGCGGCGCUGAAAGGCUUCACGCGUCAGGAUCUGCUCUCGUGGUUCGCCGAGCAUCGCGGCGGCGCCGGCAGGAAGCUCAGCGUGCAUGUGGUGGGCUUCGGCGCCGAGGAGGGCGACCCGCCGGAAAGCGAGGGCGAUCCGACGUGCCCCCCGGCCGCCGCCUCGUCAUCCUACGGCGAGGUGAGCUCGCUGAGCUUCCCGGAAGUGCGUUCGCCGACGCUGCGGGACGGCGCCGUGGCGGUGGUCGACAUCCGAGCCUUCGCCGCCGCCUUCCCUCUGCACCCAUACCACAAAGUCCUCAGCUAG